AUGAAGCCCCCCCCUUCACCAGCCCCCCCUGGUGGUGAGAGACACCCCCCCAGCAGCACCCAAAUUUGGGGGGCUGGCGGGCAGCCCCCCAACCCCACCAGCAUCUCCCGGAGCCUCCCGCUGCACCGCCAGGAGCGAGAAGCCUUCUUCAGCCUGUUGGAAGACAAUGUGGUGAAGGAGUUCCUGUCGAUGGAUGUCUGCUGCAGGAUUUCUGAUAAAUACCUGCUGGCGAUGGUGCUGACGUACUUCAAGCGUGCUGGCUUGCCCACCAGCGAGUACACCCGCCUCAACCUCUUCACUGCCCUGUACCUGGCGAACGACAUGGAGGAGGACGAGGAGGAGCACAAGUACCAGAUCUUCCCCUGGGCACUGGGCCGCCGCUGGCGUCAGCUCUUCCCUCGCUUCCUCCGCCGCCGCGACCGUCUCUGGGCCCGCAUGAGCUACCGGGCGGCCGUCAGCCGGCACUGCUGCGAGGAGGUGAUGGCGGCGGAACCCUCGCACUGGGCCUGGCUGCGGGAGCGGCCCCCCCCCCACAGCGGGGCCACCCGGCCCUACAGCGGGGCCCCCCCCCGCCCCCCCACCUGCCUGCGCUGUGCCUGCCCCCCUGCCUGCGCCCAGGAGGAGGAGGAGGAAGAAGAUGGAGCCGCCCAGGCCAGGGACGGCUUCAUCCUGCGGCCCCGCCGCUGCCGGAGUAUGGCCCUGCUCCCCGACUGCCCCAAAACGCGCUGA